AAAUAAGAGUAAACAAUAAAAGAAAAGAAACUUUGGGGUAAAAACUCUUCAUUUUGUUUAUACAACUCUUAGUUGUUCUUGUUAAUGUUGAUGCUAAGAUGGAGAGUUUAGUAGGUUAUAUAUAGGAAACUUAGUGUUUGUAAAGUAAAUUGUAUUGAAGAAGCAGAGGGUGGAGGUUAGUUUUUGGGUCAAGGCAAUGAGGUCUACCCUGCCGUGUUGGCUCAAAUGACAACUACCGUAACAUAGGAUUGCUUUUAAGGUCAAUGAACCAGUUCUAUACUGCCGUGUCCAUUUCAGAUACUUUGAUACUAGUCAUAUGCAAUCUUUUUAAAAGAAACAAAAAACAGAAUCAUUUUUAAGAAACCAAUUUGAGCAACAUCCUAUUUAUUUAUAUCCAGCACUCAAAAGAACAAUACAAACUGCAAAACAAGGUACAGACCCAAUGGAGUGCUUCUUCUCAAAUACAUUCAUUUUUCUCUUACUCUUUUUCUUCUUGACAAAUUCUCUAUGCAUUAAAGCUCAAAAAUGUCACCCUAAUGGUAUCGUAAAAGGUAAAAGCCCUUCCGGGCAUUGCAGUCACGAGAAUGACUUAUGUUGUGUACCAGGUAAGAAAUAUCACACGUACAAAUGUUCACCACUGGUGUCUAGUCACACGAAGGCAUAUCUCACUCUUAACAGUUUUGAAAAAGGUGGAGAUGGUGACGGCCCUUCAACAUGUGAUGGCAAAUAUCAUUCCGAUGAAACGCCGGUGGUGGCACUAUCCACUGGAUGGUUCAACACUAAGAGAAGGUGCCUUCAUAAUAUCACCAUAAAUGGGAAUGGUCAAAGUGUGGUUGCAAUGGUAGUUGAUGAGUGUGACUCAUCAAAGGGGUGUGAUGCAAAACAUAAUUAUCAACCACCAUGUGCCAAUAAUAUUGUUGAUGCUUCAAUGGCUGUGUGGAAAGCCUUAGGUGUCCCUAGGAACCAAUGGGGUGGGUUGGAUAUUACAUGGUCAGAUGUUUGAUGGUUCAGUAUGUGU